AUUUCAUUUUUUACGAUUGUGUAGCACGAGCCGAUUUGAUUUCUCUUUUGCGAGUGAUUUGAAUAAAAUUUUUGUCAAAGGGCAGUUUUGGAGGAUCUUGCCUUGACUGGCCGACCAGUGGAGUUUGGCCAAAUGUUGAACAUGUCGUCGGAGUAUUCAUACUGCAGCGAAGGUGGUUUCGACGAGAUGUCCUCGUCGUCGGACUCGGGCUUCGACGUGAGCUUCGAGUCGCCAAAGCACGAGUUAGUUGCAGACGCACUUGCUAAUUUCCCAGCCAAAGAAGAGAAACGCAAGAAGACACGCAACGCACGCUGCAAGAGUCCCACGCAGGUUCUGCGCCUGAAGCGAUCGCGGCGCAUCAAAGCCAACGACCGCGAGCGCCACCGUAUGCACACCCUAAACGACGCCUUGGAGCGCUUGCGCAUGGCCUUGCCCACAUUUCCAGAAGACACGAAACUCACGAAAAUCGAGACUCUUCGCUUCGCGCACAACUACAUCUGGGCGUUGCAGCAGAGCCUCGGCAGCACUUCGUCGACCGGCAGCGAAAUAACGCUGAGCGUGGGUAGCGUAACCGUGAGCAUCGGCGAGAACGGCAACAUGAUCACGUCGUCGACGGGCAGUUGUGCCGUCGCUGCACAGAAGCGCAUGGGACCGGCCACUCACGGUCUUGCCAACGGCUAUUGCCCGACGGCAAUGCCACCGACGCACCAGCACAUGGACUGGCCGUCGGAGUACGACUGCUACUCGAGUGACCAGAGCGUGAGCCCGCCACAGUUGCAGCAGCAUCAUCAUCAUCAUCAUCAUCAGCCCCAGCAGCAGCAGCAGCAGCAGCAGCAGCAGCAGCAAACAAUGGCUACGCAACAACAGCAGAUGCAUCACCUGCAGAUGCCACAGACGGCUAACCACGUUCCUUACAGUCCGCCGCAGCAUUGCUACGACCAGAGGAUUCAGUACCACUUCGAUAGGCACGACGUCUAUCAGUGCCUGUAG